GCUCUUCCAUCUAUCUAUUUAAGAGUCCAUUCCAUGCAGUUGCCGUGACGCACAGGCCCAGAUCGACCAUCGGGAGGCCGCCGGAGGGCACUGGGAACCGACGACGGUCGACAUUCUCCUCCAGCACCCUCAGCUCCAGCGAUGUACUGUCCGGUUAGGUGCUGCUUCACGAUGUCGGUGCCGCCUCCACCAAUCUCCAUUACUAUCCAUCCAAUCACAGAGAAGACGAAAUUGGAGUAUAUCGGCAAGGAUAAUCGGGGGAUGAGUUCGUUGAAGACCACACGGCGUCUGGAUCUGGAGGUGCGCUCCCCGGUUCCGGCCGAUAUCGACAUCGCCAACUCCGUCGAGCCCCUUCCCAUCACCGACAUCGCCGAGAGCCUCAACCUGCGACCUAACGAUUACGAUCUCUAUGGCAAGUACAAGGCCAAGGUGCUGCUAUCGGUGCUCGACGAGCUGCAGCGGUGUGAGGAUGGGCACUACGUGGUGGUCGGCGGGAUUACCCCGACGCCACUCGGAGAAGGCAAGUCGACCGCCACGGUAGGACUCUGCCAAGCGCUGGGAGCUUUUCUGGAUAAAAAGGUUGUCACUUGUCUCCGUCAACCUUCCCAAGGACCCACAUUUGGAAUAAAAGGAGGUGCUGCUGGAGGAGGUUACAGUCAAGUUAUCCCAAUGGAUGAAUUCAAUCUUCAUCUGACAGGAGACAUUCAUGCAAUUACAGCUGCAAAUAAUCUCCUUGCUGCUGCUAUAGACAGUAGGAUGUUCCAUGAGGCAUCUCAGUCCGACAAAGCAUUAUUUAAUAGAUUAUGCCCACCAAAUAAAGAAGGGAAGCGAACUUUUGCAGAUGUUAUGUUCAGGCGUCUCCAAAAGCUUGGCAUUUCAAAGAGUAGUCCAGAUGAGCUAACAUCUGAUGAAAUUAAAAGAUUUGUUAGGCUUGACAUCGAUCCCGAUUCCAUUACCUGGAGAAGAGUUAUGGAUGUUAAUGACCGGUUCCUGAGGAAAAUUACCGUGGGAGAAGGUACUGAGGAGAAAGGAAUGAUCAGAGACACUGGCUUUGAUAUAUCAGUAGCGAGUGAAAUCAUGGCUGUGUUAGCUCUCAUGACCUCUCUUGCAGACAUGAGGGAAAGGCUUGGAAGAAUGGUGAUAGGAAACAGCAGAAAUGGCGAUCCAAUUACUGCAGAUGAUCUUGGAGUUGGGGGAGCUCUAACUGUUCUAAUGAAAGAUGCCAUUAACCCUACCCUGAUGCAGACUCUUGAGGGAACUCCCGUCCUUGUUCAUGCUGGACCAUUCGCCAAUAUUGCUCAUGGAAAUUCUUCGAUAGUAGCUGACAAGGUCGCCCUUAAGCUGGCUGGAAAGGGUGGUUUUGUAGUUACAGAAGCAGGUUUUGGUGCUGAUAUUGGAAUAGAAAAGUUCAUAAAUAUAAAGUGCAGAUACAGUGGUCUGGUUCCACAUUGUGCUGUUAUUGUGGCAACUAUAAGAGCUCUUAAAAUGCAUGGGGGUGGACCUGAUGUUGUUGCUGGGAAGCCUCUUCCCCAUGCUUACUUGACUGAAAAUUUGGCUCUUGUUGAGGCUGGUUGUGUAAAUCUUGCUAGACAUAUUACAAAUACCAAGGCGUAUGGAGUGAAUGUUAUAGUUGCCAUCAACAAGUUUGCCACUGAUACUGAUGCUGAGGUGAACGCUGUAAGAACAGCUGCUUUAGCAGCUGGUGCUUUUGAAGCAGUUGUUUGUACAAAUCAUGCACAUGGUGGAAAAGGGGCGGUUGAUCUUGGCUUUGCGGUUCAAAGAGCAUGUGAGAGCCAGUCACAGAGGUUGAACUUUUUGUACCCUCUUGACAUUGGUAUUAAAGAAAAAAUUGAGGCCAUUGCUAAGUCAUAUGGUGCCAGUGCUGUUGAGUACUCAGAACAGGCGGAGAAGAAGAUUGAGAUGUACACCAAGCAAGGUUUCUCUGGUCUACCGAUUUGCAUGGCAAAAACACAAUACUCGUUCUCGCAUAUCCCAUCUCAAAAGGGUUGCCCAAAUGGAUUUGUUCUUCCAAUUAGAGACGUGAGGGCCAGCAUUGGGGCUGGUUUCAUUUAUCCUCUGGUUGGAACAAUGAGCACAAUGCCUGGUCUUCCAACUAGACCUUGCUUUUACGAGAUCGACGUUGAUGUCGCGACAGGGAAAGUCCGCGGACUCUCCUAGAAACUUCUCUUGUUCGAAAAUUUAAUAAGCUUUGCAACUCCCCUUUCAAAUUUUAGGAUUAGAAUUGCAUGUUUUAUUUGUGUUUAAGAACUGCUUCAAUGUGGCCGGUUUAAACAAGCCAAGUACUCAUCUGAAAUUUGAAUUCAGGCAUCAACUGUUAUUUGAAUUGGUUAAGAAA